AUGCCUCGUGACAGGGAUAUCUACCCGAAAUUACUUGCCGGAUACUCCCUCCGCGUGCAUUGGAAUCAUUGUGGGUUCGAUCCUUCUCGCCUGGACUCGCAGCCAAUGGCGAAAAUACCUCACUCUACGGACCACGGGCAACGACCAUCCGUCCCGUCUGCAUACGUGGCACAUAGUGUGUACGCACCUCGGUCGUUUUUCCCGCAUGUGGCAACUCCUGCCGUUCUGGAUCUCACCAACGCGGCGAAUGGGAGAGACACUGUGACAGGGAGCUGCGCCCCCUUUCGUCAUUUCCUCCAAGAUGAAUUUGAGAUUGCUGUGCAUUUCAGCUGCAUGAGAAACUCCGGAAAUGAAACUGGAAUCACGCAUGCGAAUUGUCCGCCUCGUGUAUUUCGUGGUCUGCCUUGCUGUGGGGUAACGACGGUAUUGAUGGUACUGCAGGGUUGGCUCGUGGUGACUCACAUCGUUUUUCCCAGCUGA